AUGAAGGUUGCACCUCUCCUGCCUCAUUGUCCUGCCUCUCCCGCCCGUCGUCCUGCCUCUCCCGCCCAUCGUCCUGCCUCUCCCGCCCGUCGUCCUGCCUCUCCCGCCUCAUCAUCCUGCCUUUUCCGCCUCAUCAUCUCACCUCUCAUGGACAUCGACACUGAAGACAAUGGGCUCGCUGCCUCUACAUUGUCUUUUCCUGCUCUCACGCUUCUCUCUGAACUCUCUGACCUCUUAGCCGACACUCUCGAGGAAGAUAGGACUUCCAACAUGCAUACUGUCUCCGAGUCCUUGCAGAUCCCUUCCAUUCUGCAGAUCCCUUCCAUUCUGCAGAUCCCUUCCAUUCUGCAGCCUCGAUCUCAAUCUGCUCCCCCAAUACUCUCCGAUCUGAUCGCACAGCUCGCUGUUCCAAAUCCCCCCACCUCACGACCCCGCACUGAUUCUGACUCAUCGGACUCCUCAGCUGAUCUCCCCACAUAUAGCCACCCCCUGCACCUUGUGAUGGACACCGCCAAGUCUGCUCGCCCAAUUGCUGUAGUGACCCAACACUCCCUCAAACAGGCUCCUACUGUCUCCCUGGGAAAGCUCACCCCUGCCAUCCUCCUUCAAUGGAAUCAGCAUGUCUCCAAUACUUCAAGAAGAAGAACGUUCCCAAGAACAAGAAGAUCUUGCACGUUACCAGUGGCCUCAUGGAUGAGCUCAUCCGUGAUUGGUACUUGA